CUCUUUUUCUCCAACCUUUUCGCUCAAAAAAAUACUCCACUUCACACUCACUAACAUGCAAUCAUUCUAUCCACUUCAUACUCACUAACUCCGGCUAUGUACUGGUUCAAGACCCUCACCCGCUUCACCACCGCCUCCAAACAACGCGCCACCACCAAAUUCACACCCACUCUAUUCUCUCUACAACACAUCCACCAUUUCACCACCGCCGGCGAUGCAGCUGCUCCGCCGGUUUCUGGGCUUGGGCCCACCAAGAAAACGGACAAGCCCAGAGUGGUGGUUCUGGGCUCCGGUUGGGCCGGGUGUAGUUUGAUGAAGGGGAUUGAUACUAGCUUAUACGACAUCGUUUGUGUGUCUCCCAGGAAUCAUAUGGUGUUUACUCCUUUGUUGGCUUCUACUUGUGUUGGGACACUUGAGUUUCGGUCUGUUGCUGAGCCCAUUGGCCGGAUUCAACCGGCGAUUUCGCAUGAACCGGGUUCUUUUUUCUUUUUGGCUGAUUGUAAAGAUGUUGAUGCCAAGAAUCAUGAGGUGCAUUGCCAAACAAUAACAGAUGGAUUACAAUCACUAAAGCCAUGGGAUUUCAAAAUUUCAUAUGACAAAUUAGUGAUAGCUUCCGGAGCCGAAGCUUCGACCUUUGGAAUCAAUGGUGUGAAAGAACACGCGAUUUUCCUUCGCGAGGUUUACCAUGCUCAAGAAAUCAGAAGGAAACUGCUUCUCAACUUGAUGCUCUCCGAUGUGCCCGGCGUUUCUGAUGAAGAAAAGCGUAGACUUUUGCAUUGUGUUGUUGUUGGAGGCGGUCCCACUGGAGUCGAGUUCAGUGGCGAACUUAGUGAUUUCAUCAUGAAAGAUGUCCGUCAAAGAUAUUCUCAUGUAAAAGAUUACAUUCAUGUUACCUUGAUCGAGGCCAAUGAUAUCUUAUCUUCGUUUGAUGAUCGCCUACGUGUAUAUGCUACAAAUCAAUUGACCAAGUCUGGAGUUCGUCUGGUUCGUGGAACUGUGAAGGAUGUUCAACCUAAAAAGAUAGUUCUAAGCGACGGGACUGAUGUUCCAUACGGUUUAUUGGUAUGGUCUACUGGUGUGGGCCCCUCGUCUUUCAUUAGAAAUAUGGAUCUACCUAAGGCUCCAGGUGGAAGGAUUGGGAUAGACGAAUGGUUAAGGGUACCAUCUGCACCCGACAUUUUUGCAAUUGGGGACUGUAGUGGCUACCUUGAGAGCACUGGGAAAUCAACCCUUCCGGCUUUGGCCCAAGUGGCGGAGAGAGAGGGGAAGUACCUAGCAGGACUACUAAACAAGAUUGGUAAGGCGGGGGGCGGACACGCCAAUAGUGGCGCUGAUAUGGAACUCGGUGACCCGUUUGUUUAUAGGCAUUUAGGGAGUAUGGCAACUGUUGGGAAUUUCAAGGCUCUUGUGGAUCUCAGGCAAAGCAAGAUUCAUGUUGUGGAUGUCACAAGAAAAACUUAUGAUAGCUUGGAAAAGUUCACUGCCAAAACACUUGCUUUGACUCUUAAAAAAGUGUAAUUACGAUUUGGUGGAGAGUGACUGUGGCGGUGAUGGUGGAGGGUGGAAGAGGGUGAUGGUGGGUGGAGGUUGAAGAUAAAGUGUGGUGGUGGGGUUUUAUAAAUAAAAAUGAAGAAGAUGCUCGGAUAGUCCCUGGGGUUUGGCUUUUUUAAGGAAAGGGUAUUUUUGUCAUUUCACACCCUCUUAACAGAGAAAACAAACUGAAGUUAGACCCAGGGACUAUCCGGGAACAAAAAAUGAAAAGUUGGGGACUAUUCAAGUAAUUUUAGAAAGUUAGGGACUAAAGGUGAAAAUACGCGAAACCACAGGGACUAUCCGAGCAUUUUUCUCUAAUAAUAAUGAUACUAUUAUUAAGCCCCCGUGUUGCGACAGGAGGCAUCACGCUAUGGUAAAUACUCAAAACGAUAAGUUAAAUAAGAAGCAUACUAUUGAUUGCAUAAUAAUAUAGUGCAAAACCCUAGUCUAUUUUUGAACAUCAUGUAUAUCUAUAUAAUCUGCACUAAGACCGCCUGUAGUAGGGCGUUUUUUUUUUAAUUUUUGAAAAAUAACGCCGUAUAACGCCCCGGUAGCCGUUACACCCGGCGUUACCGGGCGUUAUUUUCGAAAAAAAAAAUCAAUCCUGCGUUUUAAUUAAAACGCUUAAAAUGUAUAGGGGGCGAGAUUUUGUACCGUUGACAAACGAUCAUAUUCGAUAUUUUGUUUAAUUUAAAAUAUUACCCACUAUAUAUAUAUCAACCCACUUUCUCACAUUUUUUAUAAAAAA